AUGAUUCUCUCAUCCACCUCGCGACACAUCCCUGAACUUGACCCACUGCCAUGGCCGCACCCUCCGUGGUUGGACAGGCGUCCUCUUCCGCCAGGAGGGGCCGCUCGUCAGAAGGAAGGAGUGCACGCCCCACCCGUCAGAGGAACAAGGGCGAGGUCAUCCCUUAAGGAGAGGAUUGACGCGGCUGAUGCGAUUGGGGAGGACGAAGUAGUUGUCGAAUUCUUCGGUCAGCUAUGGGCCAUCAAUUCCCCACCGCCGCCGCCGCCGCGCAACCCUAGGGUCCUAGCCACCGCCACUAGAUCGAAUCCUUCCGGUCACCUCUUCUGGAUCCGGAAGGAUUUGUUCGACUCGAAGGAUUUCACCGCCCGGGAUUGCUUCCCCGUUCGCCGAUCUGAUCGUUUCGAUAAGCCGCCGGUGUGCUUCAGUUUUGCGAAGGACGUGUGGAGUGCUGAGAAGGGGAAGCAGACCUACGCCGACGUGCUCAAGGGUUCGAUGGAGGAAGUAGGUCGCUGGGUCUGGCAGCCAGAGCCGCAACGCCCACCACCGCAGCGCCCCCAGAGGCCACCUCCACCAAAUCAGGCAAGGUACCCUCAUCAGCAGAACCAGCAGGCGGGAUGGCAGGAAGGUGCUCGUCAGGCUGCUCAUCCUCAGGGAGAUCCUCGCCCACCACCACCUCGACAGCAGCAGCCGACCCGACAGCAUCCUCCGCCGCCACCACCUCGCCAGCAACAGCUACCGCCACCACCCCGUCAGCAGCCGCAGAGACAGGGGGCUCAGCAGGGCAGGGGGCAAGUCAAAACUGGUGCAGUCACCUUAUCUGAGUUGGAGAAAGAGUUGUCUGAGAUAUAUUGCAAAGAAUGGCUAUGGCAGAUUAGAGAGCUUGAGCCAGGCAGCUUUCUGGUGAGAUUCCCUCCACACAAGAGGGUGGCUGAUAUCAAGAACUACCCUUCCUUUAACCUCAGAAAGGAGGGAGUUCAAGUUGAGGUCCUAGAAUGGUCUAGGGAUUUGCCACCAUACAGUGUGUUACAAGAUGUUUGGGUUCAAAUGAGAGGCAUUCCCCCCAAAAGGUGCCAUUGGAGAGUCUUUGCUCAGAUUGCUUCAAGCUUUGGAUUGAUGGUCGAAGUUGAUUGGUCUUCUAUCUUCAAGUCAUUCUAUGAAAUGGUUAGGAUCAAGGUUACUUGCAAGGAUGCCCUCAAGAUUCCUUCAGAAAGGCUAUAUGAGAUGAACAAGGAGAUUUUUCGGGUCUCUUUUGUGGUUGAGCAUGAGGGGGGUGAGGAGCAGCAGGGAGAAAAGGAGGAUGGUGGUGAUGGUGAUGAUAAAGGUAACGGCAAUGAUGAGGAGGCUGAUGAUUUCAAUGAUGAUGAUGAUGAUGGGGUUGAAAAAGCACCGCCUGAGGAAUUUCAAAUUGGACAAACCUCUGGCACAAAGACUCCAAUCUCUAAACAAAACAAGAAUACUGGAUACAAGACAGUUGUUGAUGCUGUUAUCCCGGGUGUUAUGAAUCAGGAAAAGCAACUGAUUGCUCUCAUGGGGAACCUGGAAAGUAAAGUAUCUGCUGCUGAAGCAAAUAAGGAUCAGGCUACAACUUCUGGUUGUAAGACUGCCGGGGAAUGUUCUGGAGUGAAAGAUAGUUCUGGAUGCUCGGAGUUGACUCCAGAUCCAAAGACGGAUAAGUUCGUAACAGAGGUAAUUGCAAAGGAGUUAACUCCUAUAAUUGUUGACACAGGGAAAGAUGCUGCUAGUAUGGAGGCUCACAAGGUUGUUGACAACUGGGAAACACCAGAACUGGAGCAGAGGAUUGACUCCGACUGUUAUAUAGUGGGAAAUAAGUUUCAUAGUCUUAUCAAUGAUGAGUCUCACCACUCCAAAUGGGAGGAAUUCAGGAACCUGGCAAGAGAAGGCGUCUCUGAUGAAUGCUCUAGGCUGCUUAAGAAAAUGGAAUUGGAGGACUCUGAUGAAGAAUAUGAUUUGCUGGAUGAUGGUAUGGAUGAAGGGACACAGGAAGAUGCUAAUCUCUCUCUGGCUGACUUGGGACUGAUACAGGACAAGGGUGAGACUAUAUCUAAUAUUCAAGAUGAAGCUAAGAAAAAUCAGAAAAGAAAACCAAGAUGGGGGCCUAUAGAGAGAAUUCCAAGACCAAGGAGAGGCCAAGAUGAUGGCCGCACUGUUCUGCAAAAAGCUCAAGAUCUGAAAGCAGAUAGGAACUUGGAAAAAGGUAAACCACCCAAGUCUUUUGCUUUUGAAAGCAAUUCAGAUUUACUCUACAAAGCUCAAUGCGUGAAUAUUAGCCUUGGUAGUGAUGCUAUUGCAGCUAAUAAAGUUAUUGAUAACUUGAAAAAUAAAGAGAUGCUUACUUGUGAACAAUUUAAAGAAGAUAACCCUGAGGUUAAUCUUCCUAGUAAUUUGGAUUUAGAAGAAUUAGUUUCUGAAUUUCCACCUUUGAAUGGUGUUGUUCAAACACCUAGAAAAGAGAAUGAUGCACUGGUUGACCAGUCUUGGGCCCUAGUUGUCUCUACAGGCAAAGGCCCACAAAAUAAUCAGAUAGUUAACAAUGAUAGGAGCAUUUUGGAAUAUGAGAGGAAAUUUGAAGUGAUAGCUUGGAGAAUUGGAAAAUAUAGUGUGGCUGGUAUUAUUAGAAAUUGUCAGGAUAGUUUUGUUUGGAAAAUAGUGGUGGUUUAUGGCUCCCCUUAUGAGGAAGGAAAGUUGGAUUUCUUAGCUGAACUAGAAAGACUCCUAGUUAACUGGGAUGGUCCAACUGUGCUAGGAGGUGAUGUUAGUAUCAAUCACAGCUAA